UUAAGUAUUGUUAAAAGUAACAGGUUGUAAAGUAACAGCAAAGAGUAGAUACUUUUUCUUGAUAUGCGCUAAAAUUCAGUAAUUCAAUAAGUUUCUUAAGUUUGUAUAUAAAUCAUGAGAACAGGUUGGUCGAAUUCCCCUUUAAGUACCAAUAUUACCAGUAAUUACCAUGACGAUAAAGAGUUACAAGCCAAAGAAGAGAACGAAGAACCUUUUCAUCAUAACGGAUGGACCAAUUCUACUGAUCAGAAUGGAACACGUACGCUCUCCAUGAAAGACCUGUGUUACUUACAAUACAGAGAUAAGGAGCUAAAUAAAGGUGUUUAUUGUGACGCGAUCUGGGAUUCUUUUUAUUGCUGGCCAACGACACCUGCAGGAAAAGUAGCAGUACGAUCAUGCUCAGAAAUCUUCAUUCAUAACGAAGUUCCUAUAAGUGUGCAGACGAUAGAUAAGGCUCACGCUUAUCGAGUUUGUAGCGAGAGUGGCGAUUGGCUAUGGGGUGAGUGGACGAAUUAUACGGAAUGUCUUGAAUUACUGCAUCAGGACAACUUUUCCUCGGACCAAAUCGCCGUUACGUACAUUUUAUUCAUUGGAUCUCUUGUAUCUCUUUUAUCCCUCAUUUUAACAUUAUGCAUUUUCUGUCAUUUCAAGUCUCUUCACUGCCCAAGGCUCCACGUGCACCAGAACCUAGUUAUCGCAUUAAUCAUCCAUUCUAUUCUCCUGUUUAUCAUCUCUACCCCUGGUGUGCUUAAGGAUCCAACAGUUUUUUACAGGAAUAUCGAAUGGUUGUGCAAAGCUAUUCUGUCAGUAAAAAUGUAUGCAGCUAUGGCUAGUAUUAACUGGAUGUUCGUCGAGGGAUUACUGCUCCAUAGUCGCAUCACUGUGUCGAUCUUCAAUAUGGACACGCCUUUUAAACUCUAUUAUUUCAUUGGCUGGGGAUUGCCGACUAUCUUCAUUACAUCUUGGACAACAAUAACUUCACAGGUUCAGGAUACUUUCUGUUGGCAAGGUUACGGCAAGUCAAAUAAUAUAUGGCUUAUAUCUGGGCCGAUGCUAUUAGCUCUUGUGAUCAACACCUUCUUCCUUGUGAACAUUGUUCGUAUCUUGGUUACGAAACUAAAGAUGAGUGCAUCUAUAGAGAUAGCUCAAGUGAGGAAGGCCAUCAAGGCCACAGCCCUUUUGUUCCCUCUACUUGGCAUCACCCAUCUUUUGUUCUGUAUCAAUCCUCGAGACGAUGCCCAUCUAGAGAUGGCCUAUAUGAUCAUCAACGCUUUCCUCCAAUCCUGGCAAGGAGUGUUUGUCGCUGUUUUGUAUUGUUUCACAAACUCUGAGGUACAAGCAGCGUUACGUACUGCCUAUCUUCGAACAAAUCUUCGGCGGCACCAGAACACGUUUCACAUGAGCAGGAGAUACUUUUCUCAAACAUCUUCUACCUAUAUGUCAAACCUUGAUGCUUCAAUAGGUGACAAUUCUCACCAGAAGGAACUUCCAGAAACAAAAACUUUUCUCGAGAACAAACUGAUAUAAAAUUAAUAAUGUCAAGAGAAUUAUGACAGUGAGUCUUUAAAACUUCAGAUUUUUGUUAUCAAACAAUAGGGCAAAUUAAUUGAGUUCUUUAAAUCCUUUUCAAUCCACAAUAAAGUAACCUAAAAUAAUUGAGGGACUUGA